AGCAAGGCCGCACAGCAUUUUGCACAGCCAUUCGUUGCCUUUGCCAUUGCCCAUUGCCAGUCCAGGUCCCAAGUGCCUGCCUUCCUUGGCCCCGUUGACUCCGACAUACAUACUACCUUGCCUACCGUCAUCAUCAUCGCUCUCCUCUUUCUCUUCUGUUUCUCUCUCUCUCCCUCUCUCCUCGCAUACAACCACCCACAUAACGCUACAACUACAAACGCACCUAGGUAGUGAGAGACCCGCAACCCCCCCUCUCUCUCUCUCUCUCUAUUCCCUCGGCUCUAGCUUCUUAUUUAUCACACCAAACGAAAAGAGUCAUCCUCGACCUCAACCGGUCCCAAAUUGUCCACCGCGAGGUAGACCCAACCUCCAACAGCGUCCGUGCGUUCCGGAGCUUCCUGCAGCAUCUGCCACUCCGCUUGGUCCCUGAUCGUCUGCUUUCCCUCCACGCCGAGCGCAAUCUCGAGACCUUGGCCUCUCUCUCUCCUCUCUCCCCUCCUUCUUCUCCUUCUCCCCCUUUCUCUCCUCUGCCGGCACACGCAACCGCUGGCUCUCACCCUCCCUCGACACAGUCUUUGGCCUCGUUCACUUGUUUGCGCGCAACCCCUUAGACGCUCGCCAACAUGAAUGUUCUCAAGCUUCAGAGGAAGUAUCCUCAGUUUCCCCAAAACGAAAUUUAUGGCCUGAGCGACGCCUUUCGCAAGCUCGACAUCGACGACAAGGGCUACGUCGACGAGGCCACCGCCAUCAAGGCUACCCAGCAGAGCGAACGCCAGCCCUACGAUGUCGUACGACAGGCCCUGAAGGAAGUUGACCUCGACUCCUCCCGCCGAGUCGAGCUGGAGGACUAUGUCGCGUUGAUCGCCAAGCUUCGCGAGUCCUCCCCGGCUCAGAAACGCAUGUCGACCGGCCCCGGUGCUGCUCCCGCCAGCAUCGUCGCGCAAGCGACCGGCAAAACCGGUGGUCAUGCCUCCAAGUCGAGCGUCGGCAAGAUUCACGUCCAGGGCUCCAAUGCCAACGUCACCCACACCAUCAACGAGGAUGAGAGAACCGAAUUCACUCGUCACAUCAACGCCGUCCUCGCCGGCGACGCGGACAUCGGAAACCGCCUGCCCUUCCCCACAGACACCUUUGAGAUGUUCGACGAAUGCAAGGACGGUCUCGUGCUGGCUAAGCUCAUCAACGACAGUGUCCCUGACACCAUUGACGAGCGUGUUCUGAACCGCCCCAAGAACAAGAAGCAGCUCAACGCCUUCCAGAUGACGGAAAACAACAACAUCGUCAUUGAGUCCUCCAAGGGUAUCGGUCUGUCGGUUGUCAACAUUGGCAGUGGUGAUAUUAUUGAGGGCCGAGAGCACUUGAUCCUCGGUUUGAUUUGGCAGAUCAUCCGCCGUGGCCUGCUGAGCAAGAUCGACAUCAAGCUUCACCCUGAGCUGUACCGCCUGCUCGAGGACGAUGAGACCCUCGAACAGUUCCUUCGCCUGCCCCCCGAACAGAUUCUUCUUAGAUGGUUUAACUACCACCUGAAGGCCGCCAACUGGCCUAGACGGGUGAACAACUUCUCCACCGACAUCAAGGACGGCGAGAACUACACGGUCCUUCUCGCGCAGAUCGGUUCCGAAUACGGAGCGACGAGAGCUCCCUUGCAGACGAGAGACCUCUUGCAGAGAGCCGAGGAGAUCCUGCAGACCGCCGACAACAUGGGAUGCCGCAAGUUCCUCACACCCACCUCCUUGGUCGCGGGUAACCCUAAACUGAACCUGGCCUUUGUCGCCAAUCUCUUCAACACCCACCCCGCGCUCGACCCCAUCACCGAGGAGGAGAAGCUCGAGGUUGAAGACUUUGACGCCGAAGGAGAGAGGGAAGCCCGUGUCUUCACCCUGUGGCUCAACAGCUUGGACGUGCAGCCUGCCGUUCAGUCCUUCUUCGACGACCUACGUGAUGGCACGGUACUCCUGCAAGCGUACGACAAGGUCAUCAAGGGAUCCGUCAACUGGCGCCACGUCAACAAGCCGCCGGCGCACGGCGGGGAGAUGCUGCGUUUCAAGGCCGUCGAGAACACCAACUACGCGAUCGAGUUGGGCAAGCAGAACCGCUUCUCGCUCGUGGGCAUCCAAGGCGCCGACAUCACUGACGGCCAGCGGACACUGACCCUCGGGUUGGUGUGGCAGUUGAUGCGCCGCGACAUCACCGUCACUCUCUCGACUUUGGCGCAGCGCCUCGGCAAGAAGGAGAUCACGGACGCGGAGAUGGUCAGAUGGGCCAAUGACAUGGCCCGCAAGGGCGGCAAGUCAUCUGCCAUCCGAUCCUUUAAGGACCCCGCCAUCGGCACCGGCGUCUUCCUGUUGGAUGUGCUCAACGGUAUGAAGAGCAGCUACGUCGACUACGACCUCGUCACCCCUGGUCACACCGACGACGACGCCUACCUCAACGCCAAGCUCAGCAUCUCCAUUGCAAGAAAGAUGGGCGCAACCAUCUGGCUUGUGCCCGAGGAUAUUUGCCAGGUCCGCAGCCGCCUGGUGACCACCUUUAUCGGAUCACUUAUGGCGACGGCAGAGAAGCAGGGAUUGUAGAGUGUCUUGCUGAACCUCAAUCCAAAAACCCCCUCCAAUUUUCCCCCAUCUCCUUUUCUUUUUCUAACGAGGCGCGUACGUCUGUCAUGUUUUUUCCACGAGGAUAGAAAAAGGCCAAAACUGCGGCGAGGCUUUGUUGAUUGUUUAGUUGAAUGAAUC